AUGAGCUCGACGUCUGGCCUGUCGUACACGUUCUCUCGCGGCCGAGGCGUCUCGGACGCGUUCGCUGCGCUGCAGGCCGUCGUCGCGUCGCGCGUCCCGGACGAGAAGGACCUCGUCACGCUCACGUGGGUCAAGAACCACUGGAAGCUCAUCCUGUGGAAGGUCGCGAGCUACGUCCGCUCGAGACCCGACCUCCUCGGCGACUGGUGGACGUUCGAGCGCGUCGUCGAGCAGCUGCGGUACCGGUACGAGCGCGAGAUCAACCGCGCCGAGCGCUCGGCCAUCAAGCGCAUCCAGGAGCGCGACUCGCCCGCGUCGCUGCCCAUGGUCCUGUGCGUCUCGCAGGUCCGGUGGGGCGACCCGCCCGACGAGGCCGACAACGGCUCGCUCGUCAUCGUCGGCCUCGAGCUCACCGACGGGUGGUACCGCAUCCGGACCAACGUCGACGCGACGCUCAAGCGCGCGUGCGAGAGGGGCAAGCUCGUCGUCGGGAGCAAGAUUGCUGUCUCGGGCGCUAAGCUGGACAGCGUCACGACCGACGGCGUCGAGGUCCUCCAAGGGCUCCACUCGUCGACGCUCGUCAUCUCGGGCAACUCGACGUCGCUCGCGCCCUGGCACGCCACGCUCGGCUUCCGCCGCGAGCCGUUCGUCGCCGGCCUGAGCAGCCUCUCGCCCGGCGGCGGCCUCGUCCCGCUCGUCGACGUCGUCAUUGACCGCGCGUUUGCGUGCGGCUUCAUCGACUUGCGCAGGGGGAGGGGGACCGAGACGUGGGGCGAGGACGAAGAGCGCGUCCGGGCCGAGGAGUGGAAGGCCAAGCUGUCGGACGAGGCCGAGUCGGGCGUCACGAGCGAGGACCAGCUCGUCGAGCUGCUGCGCGACGCGGCGAGUGCGCUCGAGCCUGUCGGGGUCGACUCGGGUCCUUCUCCCUAUCCUGAUGUCGAGCCCGACGAGGUCCUCGACCGCCUCGAGGGUGCGACCGCUUCUGCCCGCCGCAGCAUGGUCCACCGCCUGUCUGCCGCCCAGGUCCCUGCCGUCCUCGAGCUCGCCAUCGAGCGCGCGCGCGAGUCGCGCCACCGCAGCGUCGAGGACCUGCAGAAGGAGCUCGCCGACAAGUACCCGCCGCGCGACAUCCGGUGCUUCCGCAUGGUGCGCGUCGGCGACGCGCGCGAGACGACCAAGCAGCCCGGCCGCUCGGCCCUCUUGACCGUGUGGGACGCCGACAAGUUUGGCGACGGCUUCUUUGACGUCGGGACGCGGUACCUCAUCUCGAACCUGGUGCCCAAGGGGAGCUGGCGCCCGCAGGACCGCGAGGUGUCGCUCGCAACCCGGCGCGACUCGCGGUGGCGCAAGCUCUAG